GAGGAGUUCGCAACCUUGAUCGCACGACAUUCGUCAAGCAUAUCGCACGUAACCGCGGAACUAUCUUCGAUAUUGCCGCCUGUCGCCUGUCGUCUGCCGAAAUACUAUAUACGACAAACUUUCCCGCCAGUGCCGAAACGACCAGCGCCUCGGUCACUGGCGCAUCUCCUUGCUGCCAUAGAGAGUGACCUUGGGCCUGCUGCCAUUCCGACAAUGCCCUCUCGCCGAGAACCACCCCCCCUCUCAGUUCGCUUGCCGGCGGGCAAUGCGCAACCCGAGCUUCCUCCCAUAUCCGCCCUUUUCCUCAUCGACUUUGACGUGAAAGCUGGCUAUACCAUUGUUUGGAAACAAUCCGCUCCCGGAAUCGAACUCGAGGGCCUCGUCGAGUAUAAGAGCUUGCCAUCCGGUCUGCACACUGUCCCCGACGACUUGAUAUACUUCGUGCACGAGGGAGAACAUGCGGGUCUCAGCGCUUUCAUCAACACUCCAUGCGAUGAGGAGGAGGCGCGACAUGCGCGCAUGAUUGCUGUCGGCGUCUUGGUGCCCCUCAGUUACGGCCGCCUGGGCCGCGCCUGGAGGCAUGCCGAAGGAUUAAAGGACAUUGCAUCAAAAUUGGCCCAAGACCGCAAAAACACUAGUCUUCUUGAUGACUACUGGGAGAACAACAAGGCCAAAGAAGGAGCGGAACAAGAACGACCACCGAUGGAGUCUCCUUCUAUCAGCUUCAGCUCUCAAGCCGCUCAACCGAAAAAGUCGAAUCAUAACCGCAAUCGCUCUGCAUCAGAUGGAGCUUCCCUGCUGCCAACCGGGCAUCGACUUUCACCAUACCACCCAGCAUGGAGCCUGACGACGUUGCUGGACACAUUCGGGCCACUCAUAUUCCCUAUCCACAGAGCAGCUCUGCUGAGGAGGCGCAUAUUAAUAUCGUGCCAUGCGCCGGUACGAGAGAUUUGCAACUUUGUGUACAAUAUUUCUGUUCUUUCAAAUAUUCCCCAGACGGUGGCCGAGUUAUUGGCCCCGACAUCGUCCUCUCAACGUCUGAGACCGCUCUUCACAAUUGGAGUCCACGAUAUCCCCUUCUUGAUGGAAGACUUUGAGGCUUCAAAGCGCCGGAAAGUCGAUAGCAAUGACGACCUGGCGGACGAGGCUGGCUCUGGUUGGGUUGCUUGCACGACUGACAGUAUUCUGGCCAUGAAGGACACCCUAUGGGACAUGCUCAUCACCAUGCCGCCACCGUAUGCUCCCAAUGCCAAGGAAAAGGCCUGGCCAACUGUGGAAUGCCCCCGUGGUACGCCUGUCAAGGCAACACAGCGCGACCUGAGGCGGUUCCGUGCCUUGAAGGCUGGCUUGGCUAGGCUGUCGCCAACGACGCCGAAGCCGAUGACGGCUGAGAGCCCCCGAUCGGAAACUUCAACGAGUUUCAAGCUGACCACUGGCGCCUUCCCGGCUCCGAGUGUCGAAGGCGACGAAGCUCUGGACAAGAUUGUUGAGCCAUCAAGCUGGACGGCUUUGGCCUACAGUGGCUUUAUGUGGUGGGCGAGCGCCGGCGAACAAGCACGGAGCGAGGAACAAGAGGAGGCGGCCCACGAUGCAGCGCUGCUGGCGGACCUGGGUCUAACGCCCCACACUCCGAGCAUGUCAAAACCCAAUACGAGACCCCGGUCAUCGGCAUCUGGUGGCAUGGCUGACUCGACUGGGUCCCUUGUUUCCCGGCCGGCCGCUGGGUCCGAGAUUGAUGAAGCAACGACGGAGCUCGCCGUGAUUGCGUACUUUCAUCGUUUGACAGCGCAAAUGCUGACGGUCAUGGCUGAUGUGGUGGAGAGUUCGGAUGAUCGCUACGAAGACGAGGACGAUGAAGACGACGCCGAUGAUGUUCCUCUGAGGACCAACGGCGAGUCGGAUCGAAGCUCGGUACGAGUUGGCAGCGAUGCGCUCGAGAGCAUGGGACUCGACGUGUGGAACGCGCACGAUGCGGAGUUCGUCAAGGAGCUCAUGAGCAAGUACUAUGACCGAAGGCCCUAUAUUGAGGGUAAAGGUGUCGAGGUUUGUGGCGUCCGGGUUUGCUAAGGUUCAGGUUCAGGGUGCUUGCGAGAGCCUCGAUCUCGUUGCUUUCUCUCCACUUGUAAACACCAUCUCGUCCCUGCCUCUACGGAGGGACGACUUCUUUCAGAUAUGGCACUCUGGAUGGGCGUAAUAACAGUGCUGUGUCUCUUUCCGUCUCAAAAUUUGUCAAGGGCGUUUGGUCAUCACUUUUUCCUACUGGGCGAGCGUGUGGAAACGUCUCUUGUAUAUGUCAUGGACCUUCUAGAAGGCCAACAGAAUAGUUUCAUCCGAU